GUAGCACGUCGACGUGAGAGUGUGGAGCGCUCCGAACAACAAACAGCAAGAAGCAAAGAGCCAGAAAACGGCCGGCUUGUUUGUAAAGACGCUAUUAGCUGUUUCGCUGACGGUCACAUGAGUGUGGACAAAGCAGAGCUGUGUGAUUCCCUGCUUAUCUGGCUGCAGAUGUUUCAGGUGCCAUCAUGUACGAACAAGCGUGAUUUAACAAACGGAGUGGCCAUUGCUCAUGUCCUGCACAAAAUAGACUCAUCCUGGUUUAAUGAGACAUGGCUGGGGAGGAUAAAGGAGGAGAGCGGAGACAACUGGAGGCUCAAGGUCAGCAACCUAAAGAAGAUUUUGCAGAGUAUGAUGGAGUAUUACCACGAUGUGUUAGGGCAACAUGUAGAGGACGAGCAUGUUCCAGAUGUUUCUCUGAUUGGAGAGAUGGGGGAUGUGGUGGAGUUGGGUCGGCUGGUGCAGUUGGUUCUGGCCUGUGCAGUCAGCUGUGAGAAGAAGCAUGAGCACAUUCAGCAGAUAAUGACCCUUGAGGAGUCUGUCCAGCACGUUGUCAUGACAGCUAUCCAAGAGCUGCUGAGCAAAGAGACUGUGGAGUCUGGAAGCCCAGAUACAUAUGGAGACUUUGACUACCAGUCAAGGAAGUAUUAUUUCCUGAGUGAAGAGUUGGAUGAGAAGGACGAUGUGACUCAGCGUUGUAGGGAGUUGGAGCAGCAGUUGUCUGUGCUUAUGGAGGAGAAGUCCGCAAUGCAGACAGAGCUGCAGUCCCUGAAGGACAGGCUGAGUCGCUGUGAGCCUCAGGACGCCUCAGCCACCAUCACAGGCAAAAAACUGCUGCUGCUGCAGACCCAGAUUGAGCAGCUGCAAGAGGAGAACUACAGGCUGGAAAACAAUCGUGAUGAUCUGCGCAUCCGAAGCGAAGCUUUAGAGAGGGAGGUGGCUGACCUGCAGCAUCGCAAUGAGGAACUGACCAGCCUGGCCCAGGAGGCACAGACACUCAAAGACGAGAUGGACAUCCUCCGGCACUCCUCAGACCGUGUGAGUCGUCUGGAGGCGCUGGUGGACACGUAUAAGCGGAAGCUGGAGGAUCUGGGGGACCUGCGCAGACAGGUGCGUCUGCUGGAGGAGAGGAACACUGUGUACAUGCAGCGCACCUGCGAGCUGGAGGAGGAGCUUCGUAGAGCCAACGCAGGACGAACUCAGCUGGACUCCUACAAGAGACAGGUGCAUGAGCUUCACGCCAAACACUCCUCAGAAGCCAUGAAGGCUGAGAAGUGGCAGUUUGAAUACAAAAACCUCCAUGACAAGUAUGAAGCCCUGCUGAAAGAGAAGGAGAGGUUGAUAUCAGAGCGGGACACCCUGCGAGAGACCAAUGAGGAGCUUCGCUGUGCUCAGGUCCAGCAGAAAUGCUUCAGCCAAGCAGGCUCUCUGGUAUCUGACUCUGGAGCAGUGGGUAACCUGGCAUCUGAGAUCAUGCCCACAGAGUUCCAGGAGACGGUGGUGCGUCUGCAGAGUGAGAAUAAGAUGUUGUGUGCUCAGGAGGAGUCGUACAGGCAGAGACUUGGGGAGGUGCAGGCCCAUCUGGAGGAGGCACAGCGCAGCCAGAACACACUUGAGACACAGAACAGGUUGAGCCAGCAGCAGAUAACACAGUUGUGCUCUCAAGUGGAGGAUUUGCAGAAAGCUUUGCAGGAGCAGGACAGCAAAGCUGAGGAUGCUAUCUCAUCCCUCCUGCAGAAAAAACUGGAAGAGCAUCUGGAGAAGCUACAUGAGGCCCACUCAGAUUUGCAGAAGAAGCGAGAAGUAAUUGAUGAUCUGGAGCCUGGAGCAGACAGCAACAUGGCAAAGAAAAUUGAUGAAUUGCAGGCGAUUCUGAGAAAGAAAGACGAAGACAUGAAGCAGAUGGAGGAAAGAUACAAACGUUAUGUGGAGAAGGCUAGGACAGUGAUUAAGACUCUGGACCCCAAGCAGAAGCCCCACUCUCUUCCUCCAGAGGUUCAGGCUCUGAGGAACCAACUAUCGGAGAGAGACCGAAAGAUCCAACAUUUGGAGCAUGACUUUGAGAAGACCCGGUCCAGACAUGACCAAGAGGAGAAGCUUAUCAUCAGCGCCUGGUACAACAUGGGUAUGGCUCUUCAUCAGAAGGUGGUAGGAGAGCGGACUGGUUCCCCAGGCCAGGCCCAGUCUUUCCUGGCCCAGCAGAGGCAAUCCACACAGGCACGGAGAGGCCUAACUGCCCGCUUCCAGCCCAGAUAACACUCACACAUGAGUACAGAGAGCAAGUACAAGACACUCUGACUGACUCUGAACUCUCCUCUUCUUGCCUGCUGUAGUAUCUUCCUUGCCAACAACUUGUCCAUAAUUCUGAGGAAAACUGGAAGCACAUUGCUGCCACCUACAGGCAAACACUUGAAGGGCAAGGGUCUUUUUUGCUGCUGGCUAAACAUGCACCUCCAUUCUCUUGCCUUUUGGAGUGUGUGGUUGAGUCUGACCACUGCAGAGGAAGACGAUUAAGAUUUGAAGAUCAUUAGGAUGAGGAAAAAAUGCACAAGGGAGAAAGGAAGGAAGAACAUUGUCUACUGUCAGCGUUUUCUUCUUUAUGAACUUUUUGUUUUCCAUUUCCUCUUAGUCGGAUAGUCAAGAGGGUUAGUUUUUAGUAAGGAUACAGGGUUCUAUUUCAAAGCGCUUUGAUCUGCCACUGUAUUUACAGGGUCAAUCUAAAAAGACAGCCAGUCGGGAAUCUGGGAAUUAUAGGGUUUAAAUUGUUGAUUUGCUUCUCACUUUAUUUCUUCAUCCAUCCAGACAACACUAAGGUGUCCAUUUAGUCAUUGAUGGCUGUGGCUGUGGAAGUUGUCACUCUUCUUCAGCAGGAAUGCUGCUCUUACAAUGUGAUGUUCGUGUCUGUGAUUGUAGAGUCUGUGUGCUAUUCAUGUCCUGAUUUAUUUUGAAAGCAUGUCUGUUUUGUUUUAAUCAUAGUUUCUCUGUAUUUGUUUUGAUCUUAUUUUUACACCUGAUUUUUUUUGCUGUAGUUUUAGCUGGUUUUAUGGAUAUUUUUUUCUUAACAAAUCAUGUUUUAGCACCUAACAUUCUAAGUAGCAUGUAGACAUAUGAGGCCUAGCUCAUUUUGAGCCCAGAUUUUAGUCAUUUGUUUGUUUUGUUCAGUAACGCACUACAGAUUUCAGUCAUCUUAUUAGCUAUUAGCUUAUUAUUACACUGUGAGAAUGAACACCUGUAUGGUUGAUGGUGCAUAUCAGUGCCUCUUCGUAGACUUAAGCAAUGGCUGUUUGUAUGCCGCCCGCUUGCUGAGGUCAAAGAAAUUGACCUUGAGAAUGUCGGUCAGUCCAGUUAUGAACAGGAGACUGCACUUUCCAAUGAUGAACUCUUAGUUGUCUCUCCAGUUUGGCAGUUACAUGAAUCCAUUAAGGAAUCAAUCUCUCUCGCGAUCAUGUUUCAUGAAUUUCAACUAAAAAUGAUCUGUGAGCAAAAUGAAGAACUAUCCUUCUUUUAUUUAGUCUUUCACACUGAAAUCAAAUGAGGGACCUCAUUUUAAGAUGAGCUAAUCACCGUUUAAGAUUGAAUGUUAGCAAUGCUAGCAUUUCCUAGCUGAGAGGAAACCGCUUUCUUCUCCAUAUUUGCGACUGUUGCUAGAAAAUGGUGGUUCAGCUUGGCUAAAGAAUUAGCUGGGUUGGCUCCUUUUCUGUUUGAAUCUGCUGGUAUCCGCUUUAAACUGAUUUCUUUGCACAAUGUGAAAAAGCCAUAAGCGGUUAACCAUUAGCAAUGAAGGUGUUUUUUUCCUUAAUUGAGGAGAGCUACCAAAGUUCAAUGCCUUGUUAUUUCUUUCUUUCUUUUUUUUUUUUUUUUGGACACUACUGUAAGCGGUCUAACACUGACACUAAAUCCAAAUCCUUUUCAAACCGUUUUCUGGUUCCAGUAACCACAAAGGAUGUCAAUCACUUCACCAAGAAAUGCUAACAUGGCGAGCUAACUCUGAGUAAAGGGCUGGUUAGCAUGGUCCAGUUUCCAUAAACCAGCUACUACUAGUUUCAUUCAUUGUUAGCGUCAUUAGCAUUUUUAGGUGAAGUCUUCAUUUAAACUGCGAACAGUGACUGACUAACUUGCCCUACAGCUGCUGUGUAUGUGUGUUUAGAGGAGCACAUUUUGUGUGUUAUAGUUAAACUUGUUUGGAACUAAAUUUUCUGGAAGAUUGACUGAAGAUGAAUGUGUUUUUUUUUUUUUUUUUGUUUUGAAAGAAUUUUGUCAGACACUGGAGUGAAGAUGUUGAACUGUGUGGUUCAUAUUUACAUGUUUUAAGUACUUUUUGUGGAGUUAUAUUCUGCUGUAUGUUGGGUGAACAACACUGGGUCAAGCACAAGCUGUAGAUCAAAUGAGUCCAUGUUCCACAUUUUGCACUGCAAUAAAAAACCAUGGAAAGGCUGGUACCAGAAAACAUGAUGACUGGUGUUGUGAUUCAUUGUGUAUAAUUAUGCCGUAUACUUCUUAACUGUUGGGUACAUAGGGUAGCACUACAGUCAUUUUAUUGCCUUUUACCUUCUAAUUUAGGUAGUGGUCAGAUAUUUCUCCAUGCCAGCACAUGUAGUACAUGGAAUAAGCACAAAGGGAGAACAUUUUGUAAGGCUGUGUUUAGCUAGGUUUGUUUUGUUUUUUGUUUUUUUGUAGUUGUUUUAUUUUCUCUUUCCUGUAGUCCAGAUUCAUAUAGUUUUAAGUAAAAAAACUGAAUUUGGUUUGAAUUGGGUUUCUCCGCAGCUGACAGACCUGGCACAGUGCUGUUCUAUGACAUUAUCACUAUAAGUAGGUGCUGGAUGGAUGUGAGCUGUGUGAUUAGUGACAUGUGAACAGUGAAGAAUGGAGAAUCUUGUGUUCAAUCUUGUCUGUCCACUCAUACACUCUUGCGUUCAUAGUUUCAGGCCACUUAAAGGCAUCAUUAAUUUGACGUGUACAAGUAUUUAAAGUAUCUCAUAAAAUGGAGCAUGUUAUUUGCACUGGAAUGUUUAAGUGACUGAGCUGAUAUGGCACUGCUGCACUUAAAGGAUGGGAAUUGUUAGGCAGGGUGUUUGGCAUCAUGUCACACACAGUCUAAAAGUCCAAAAUGACUUUUUAUGAUACAUAAUGUGAUAUACAGUACGCUGAUCACCAGCAAAUGUUGUGUUUUAGAUGCUGGCAUUGUCUAACAUUAGAAUAAAUACAAAUGAACAAUC